CUUGGGGGAGUUGGGACCAUAUAAAACCUUCUUUUUCUUCCUCUUCUGCUGCGAGUCUUCGACCUGUGAGAAAGAACAACAAUGGGCAUCGAUUUGGUCGCCGGCGGUAAAGUCAAAAAUAGCAAGCGGACUGCCCCUAAAUCCGAUGAUAUCUACCUCAAGCUCCUUGUCAAGCUAUACCGGUUUCUGGUACGGAGAACCGGAAGUAACUUCAGCGCGGUGAUUCUGAAGCGGCUUUUCAUGAGCAAGAUCAACAAGCCGCCAUUGUCGAUCUCGAGGUUGAUCAAGUUCUCGCAAGGAAAGGAGGGAAAGAUCGCGGUGAUCGUCGGGACGGUGACGGACGACGUUAGGGUUCAGGAGGUGCCGGCAUUGAAGGUAGCGGCGCUGAGGUUCACGGAGACGGCGAGGGCGAGGAUUGAGAAGGCAGGAGGAGAGUGUUUGACCUUUGACCAGCUGGCUCUCAGGGCGCCUCUUGGUCAGAACACGGUUCUUCUUAGAGGUCCUAAGAAUGCUCGUGAAGCAGUAAAACAUUUUGGUAAAGCUCCUGGUGUGCCACACAGCCACACUAAACCUUACGUGCGGUCUAAGGGAAGAAAAUUUGAGAAAGCUAGGGGAAGAAGAAACAGCAGGGGGUUUAGAGUUUAAGUUGCUCGAUAUCCCUUCUCCAUUUAGAGAACAAUUCAUAUCAUUUUUGUCUCAUCUUAUGCCCUUUUGUUUUGAUUUUUGGUUGGCUCAAACACAUUUUCUCAUUUAUUAAAUUUGUCUUCUUUUAAUUUA